AUGUUUGCGAGAUCUACCCUCCGCACCGCUCUGGACAUCCGGUGGAUGCCCUCGAUCCUCCCAUCCAUUCGAGAGGCAUGUAUGCAUCAAUCCUCAGCAAUUCCUUUCCAUUCGACACCUCCCGAGAUACCUCCACAGACUCCGUCGAUAAACGCAGAUGAGCAGAGCAUAUCACAACCUUCCGAAGCUGCCAUUCCAUCACAAGCAGAAUUGUCCAUCCUAGACAGCUCAUCCUCAUCCACAUCCACAUCAACGUCCACCACGCCGACAAUCCCACCCAACAAGCUCCCCAUCCCACCCACCUUCACGAAACCCCUAACUCUCACCCCAUCCCUAACCUCUCUCCUCCCCUACCUCACCACACAAACGCCACACUACAUCACCGCCCACCUCCACGCCCGGCCCUACCUUUUAACACCCGGCGACACACUGCGCCUCCCAUUCCUCAUGCCCAAUGUGCAACCAGGUGACAUCCUCCGUUUCAAUCGGGCGUCCGUAAUUGGAUCUCGAGACUUCACCCUGAAAGGGGCGCCGUAUGUUGAUGAGCGGCUGUUCGAAUGUCGGGUAAGGGUUAUCGGGACCGAGGCUGAGCCGCUGCGCAUCAAGGAGAAGACCAAGCGGAGACAGAGACAUGUGAGACGGGUGAAGAGCAAGCAUAAGUAUACGAUUUUGAGGGUCGUAGAUGUUAAGGUUAAGGGUGUGGAUGAAUUGAUUAGGGAAGGGGCGCAGAUUGUGGAUGAAGAAGCGGAGGGUCAGGGGAGCAAGGAGUGA